GCCCCCUCAACUCAACCCUGAUGAGUACGCAAACUUGGUCAGGGAGCAUUUAGACGGUGCAGUUAGUAUUGACCACUACCGCCAAGUCCAUAAUUCACAAAUUGAUGAAGUCCACAUAAUGGAGCUCAAAAGCCGAUUACCAAAUCUACUUUUUUAGCAUCUUGAAACCGCACAUAAGAAAUAUUAUGAAUGAAUCACCUUACAAUAACAUACGAGAGACAGCUUUCUAUUUUGUCGAACAACAAGUCGAACCCAAUGAACAAUUCCAUUCAAAGGAAUGUUCUAGAGUUUUUUCCACUAUAUUCGCGAUAUUUAACAAAAUGGAAUAAAUUCUUCACGAUUUCUAGAGUUCCGGGAUUACUUCACUGAUAUCGAUUUUCGCCUAAGCACGGCCUCUAGGUUAGUUCAAAGUGUAAUACAACGAACUAUCGAUACACCGAAAACGAGUCAAGAUGGAUACAUAAAAUGGAGACAUCGUGGAUUACCCAAAUUGGGACGACGAUAGGACAUUUCACUUUCUUUCGCAAUAUUUCUGAUCAUGACUCAACCACUAGGAAAGGGGAUUGCUUACUCUCAGCCACGUUUUCGCUUAUGCUUAGUCAAGUGAGGAUUCCAUUCGAAGUAACGUAACAGGAGCACCAUCUUCAAAACUUCUCGGGAUCCGGAGUUUUUCGAUAAAAGGUCCCAUCCUUCAAUAUCAUGAUUGGGUCAACCAGGCCAGAUCAUAAGUGAAAUAGUUUGAUCGGGUCGACCAGGUCAGGCCCGAUCAUGAGUGAAUAGAAAAUCGAAAACGUACAUAGCUGUUCCAGCGGAAAUACUUUGUUUAAUUCUACCACUUCUACUAGGAGUAGCCUUUUUAGUGCUAGCUGAACGUAAAGUAAUGGCUUUUGUGCAACGUCGAAAGGGUCCUGAUGUAGUGGGAUCGUUCGGAUUGUUACAACCUCUAGCAGAUGGUUUGAAAUUGAUUCUAAAAGAACCUAUUUCACCAAGUAGUGCUAAUUUCUCCCUUUUUAGAAUGGCUCCAGUGGCUACAUUUAUGUUAAGUCUGGUCGCUUGGGCCGUUGUACCUUUUGAUUAUGGUAUGGUAUUGUCAGAUCCGAACAUAGGGCUACUUUAUUUGUUUGCCAUAUCUUCGCUAGGUGUUUAUGGAAUAAUUAUAGCAGGUUGGUCUAGUAAGACGGGGGGCGGCCGUUCGGUCGCCUAUGAUAUACGGACCAAUUGGUCCAAAAUGGGUUUGUGCCGCAGGUGUUGAACGAUCUACUCUACACAGGUGUGGGCUUACAGGGCUAGGGCUCAUAAACCCUUUCUUUCAUUCAUCAAGGGGUCGGUCACUUUUCCGGGCCGGGAUCGAGAAGUGGAAGUCAUAAAAAAGAGAUGUUUCUCUUCGCACCUCAUAUCAAUAGGAAAGGUAGCUUGU